CCUGUUUUGAAUUUCUCAAAUAUUUAUAAUUUCUCAGCCUCAUUUAAAAAAAUUUCUCCAAUUUUUAAAUAUUCCAUUGCAGACAGUUCCAGCACUUUAGCAUGUGACUAUUAUUUUUCUCUGCAAAUUCAAGCAAAGUCGAUAGCGAUAAUUCAAAUAUUCGAGUAUGGUGGUCUUCUCUUUAGCAAGAAAACAAGAAAAAAUCUUUAAACCGUGAUUCUAGUUCUCUGCUUUCUUACAGCCCCGAAAAAUUUGCCCUCAAUCUGCAACUCCACUUGUCCUUACCUUAAAAACAGUUGUUUCCUCCAACCUUAAAACUCCCACACGCAAAAGAAAAGGUUGUUUUUUCAUCCCUAGAAAAAUUGAAGUUCAACACGAAGGAAAAUUGGGUUCUUGGAUUCACCUCGUAAAGAUUGGAUCUUGGUAUGUUUCUCACCUGCCCUUUUCGAUUUUCCUGCUUUCGCUGUGUAAAGAUUGGAUUUUUGUUGAGGAGUCGGCUUUAGUGUGCGGAAAGAUCUAGACUUUUUUUGAAUCUAGUAGGAAAAAGGGCAAGAUGAGGGAUUUUCCUUCUUGUUUUGGGGAGAAUGGAGUUCAGGUUGCUGAUGCUUCUUGUUCUAGUGUGAGUGGGACUAAACCCUCUCAAAAUUCUGUGGCGUGUGUGUAUAGAUGUAAAUUCUUUGGGAAAUCUUGCUUGAUUAGUAUUGUUUGGAGCAAGAAUUUGAUGGGACAAUGCCUAAGUGUUGAGAUAGAUGAUGCAUCUCAUCAAUUCUUAUGCAAAGUAGAUGUGAAGCCCUCUUUGUUCUCAAAGAGGAAAGGAUCCAAGAAUCUAGAAGUGAAUUCGAGUAAAAUUGAGAUAUUUUGGGAUCUUUCUAUGGCGAAAUUCGGGUCCGGGCCGGAGCCGUUGCAGGGUUACUACAUAGCAGUUGUGUUGAAAGGGGAUAUGGUUUUGCUAGUUGGGGAUAUGAGGAGAGAAGCAUUCAAGAAAACUGGGGCAGUUGCUUCACUUUCUAGUGCAAUGCUCAUUUCCAAAAAAGAGCACAUUUCUGGGAAAAGGGUCUAUGGCACAAAGGCACAAUUCUGUGACAAUGGCCAGAUUCAUGACCUCAGAAUCGAGUGUGACGCUAGCUGCAGCGAUGAUCCGUCUCUCUUAGUUCGCGUUGAUGCCAAAACGGUUAUGCAAGUGAAGCAUCUGCAGUGGAAGUUCCGUGGGAAUCACACCAUCUUCGUUGAUGGCUUGCCCGUUGAGGUGUUUUGGGAUGUCCACAACUGGCUGUUUGGCCCGAGCCUUGGCAAUGCCGUGUUCAUGUUCCAGAGUAGUUUGUCCGCGGAGAAGAUGUGGAGCACCGGGAGCCCUUCAAUGUGCGAUUCACCGGCCUUUUCUUGGAGCUGUUCAGAGAGUUUGAGGGAGACUAGUAGCAACAUGACAGGUCUUGGUUUCUCACUUUUCUUGUAUGCUUGGAAGAAUGAUUGAACAAUUGUUGGUUGUUUACUAUUCUUUCCAAAGCUGUGCUGAUUCUUUGAGUUCUAUUGAUGAAUCCUUCUUCUGUGUAUAGAAAUCCCACCUGCAUGAUCAUAGCAUUGCACAAUAGGACUAGGUUCAUUUAGUUCAUGUCUUUGAAAUCAUUUAUUGGAGAAGUGAUCCAAUUCUUGAUUCUUGAAUCUUGAUGAUUCAAGAAUUUGAUUCUGGGCUGUGGCCCUCCAAACAAUUUCAUUGCUGUAACAUGUUCUUGAUGCCAACUGUGAAGUUUGUGGGCAACUUUAGCUGCA